GGCGCUAUCUAUUAUGUAAAGCGCAAGACAUGCAAGAACAUGAAGCGAAGAAGCAUCGACUGCACGGAUUUUCACUCAGCAGUACAAGCUACGAAUCAUAGUUUUGAAAAUAAACAUGAACGUAUUCAGAUCUUUGUUCAAGAUUGGAAGAACUAGAGUCCAUGUUGGCACAGAUCGCUUAGGCAACAAGUACUUUGAAAUACCUCAGAAAAGUGCGAUCACGAAGGGAGGAUAUCUAAAAGCCAGAAGAACGUGUGAAUCUCCAUAUUCCCAUGCAGAAUAUGAGGAAGGAAUGAUGCCGUUGGAAUGGGAAGCGUGGGUCAGAGGGAAACGGGCGGACCCUCCGACUCCGGAGGAAAUCGACCGGAGAGAGCAGAAGACGCUACUGGUCAAGAAGAGAGCGCAGGAACUAGAAGAGAAAGAUCAAGAGAGACAGUUAAAGGAUUAUGAGGAAGGACUUGUGGCGAAACCGGCACAGACCAAGCAAAUAGGCCAUGCUUCAUCACCGGUUUUUGACAAGGUGGACUCGGCUGAAUCAGUCAGCACGGGCACGGAGUUUGAGCCCUCUGCGUGGCAGCCCGGCAAGUCUACGUCCAAAGUCAAAUGAAAGCUGUCAGCGCUGAUAAUAUGAGACUAUGAUUCACGGUGUUAGAGGCUCUACUGCCCAGAAGUGUUUGGGAAAGAUGCGAUUUUCACGGAAAGAUAACGUGCAGAGAUAAGUUGUGAUAACCACUAGCUUAUUCACCUGUGGUUGCACGUUCAGUCGCACAUCGAAUUUCUGGGAACCAGCAAGGUGUAGCAAAGUACAUACGAGAUCGCCUGGUAUACAUGUAAUUAUCACUUGAAGUUUUUGUCCAAUUUACAAUAAUAUCGGAGUCUUAUAUAGCGCACGUAUCUACCAACAAUU